AUGCGAAUGAAUUACCGACGAGUUCAAUUUGAACCAAAACCGUUCUUUCCUACACACAACUUCACACCUACAUUUCCACCGAGAAGAUUUACUCCCCAGCUCAUAGAAACUGCCAGGCGUUCGUUUCGCAGAGACACCUCAUAUGAUCGAUAUCAUAGUGACCCGCCAGAAUUGCAGGCAGAAGAUACGUAUAUAGAUACUGUCGGUGACCAGUCCUCAUGUUCAUCACUGGGCCAUCGAGAUAUUCAGAAGAUUUACCCAGUCAACAUUUCAAGCCUCUCUGAAAUCACUUCCGACUAUAGCGGGGGUUCCAGCGGUUUAGGUCUACCGUCACUAUCUUCAUCUGCAUCAACAAAUGACUCAAUAAACAAACCUAAACUUGAAGAGCAGCGUCGAGAGAGCUGUGACGAACAGUUUUCGGCGUAUCUACUUUCAUUGGCUGCACAAUCAACCAACAAGCAAUUAAAGGAGCAAAUGUUUGCGGCUUUCCCAGAUGAACAAGUUUCUCAAAACAUAAGUCAUUCUUCCAUUGAUACAAGUUACAACGAAAAUCCCGUUCGCUACAUCGAGAAGAAGCGGGUUGUUACCUCUCAUGGUACACCCUCUGAUGACUUGCGGAAAUUUCAACACAUCUGCCGACAACACAUGGGCGAAACGAAGUCGAAAGGUCUGGCCAUGGUCGAGGCCAAGGAAGGGGGUACAUCGACCGCAGUUCAUCAGGUUAUAGAUACUGUCCGAGAAUUCCAGGACGAUCAUGGAGACUGGCAAAGCCGUGCUACUGUGACGUGCCCUACGAGCCCACCUUUGCUUGGAAACGACAUUGUUUUCCCUCGAAGCCUAUCUCCUGAAAGAACGAUAAAUGAUAUUGGAAAUGCUACUCGCCAUCAGCGAAUAAAUCUCGAUCAACCAUGCCGGGACCAUGGGGGAUUGUGGAGUGCAGACCUAAACGUUGGUGACAACCGUGGUGAUGGUCUGUGGAUGGGAACAUGCCGCAGAGCCAGUGAGAGUGAUAGGAAUCUACACAAACUAAUCCUAACAGAAUCGAUAAUACCUGUCCGGGGUCAUAAGGAUGAAUCUUCCGCGUCCUCUGAUGUAACAUCUGAGUACGGAGAUCGACAUCCCUUUGAUCCUUUCAUAAGACAUAAGUGUACUGAUAAUGUGGACAGGAAGCUCAACCCCCAGGAUGAAUUCAACGAGGAGAUCCACGAUGGGUUUGUUACACAGAUUUACAAUUACCUUUCGUUGGGCUAUCCGUGUGUUGCACAUUGCUAUGAUCAUGAGCUCAGCAGAAUUUCCAGCAUAUCUGUAAAUGAUCUUCGAAAAGAUGACUUUCACACUGAUUCUAAAGGCUAUGUUGGUGUUAUCGAAGGCACUUCUGGGAGUAUAUGGUCUACUGGUCAGACGUGCAUGCGCUGGUUAGCUUUACGCGUGUAUAUACAGAAAUGGACAAGACAGCAGCCUUGGGUAGCUGAAGAUGACAGUGAUAUUAUCGAGGCGUGGGGUGAGUGGGAAUAUUGA